GGAGAAACCAGCUCUUCCCCUUCCUGCUCCCCCUUGGGGUGUUGCCUCUUGCUAGUCGUUAAUUGUUAAACGUUGGAUGGCUCCUCCCAAGAGCUGCCAAAAGCCAACAGUAUUUUUUUUUUAAAAAAAGACUUGGCUAUAGCGCUGGGCCUUUAGAUUGAUUUUUUUUUUACGAUCGGCUCUUGCGUGGAUCGUGUUUUGGCUCUCUCCCUGCUUAUUUAUCCCCCUUUUGUUGUUUAGCCCUCCGGACUAAAAAGAUUCUUAAGACUGCACAAUGCUCCGUAUUCUGGGGGGCUUUGUGUUCCCGGAGGCUGCCUGUGAAGCGCCCGAAAGUAAGUCGAGGUACGAAAACCUCUUCAAGAAACUAGAUCGCAACCAGGAUGGCCGAGUGGACAUUGCUGAGCUACAAAGUGGCCUUAAGGAGUUGGGCAUCCCUCUGGGAGAUGACGCGGAGAAGAAAAUUUUCAGGGCUGGUGACACUAAUAAGGAUGGAAGACUGGACUUUGAAGAAUUUACACGUUAUCUUAAAGACCAUGAGAAGAAAAUGAAGCUUGCAUUUAAAAGUCUGGACAAAAAUAAUGAUGGUGUAAUUGAAGCCUCGGAGAUCGUUCAGUCCCUGAAGAUAUUGGGCAUAGAUGUUUCUGAAAAGCAGGCAGGCAAGAUUCUGCAAAGCAUGGACGCCGAUGGGACAAUGUCAGUGGACUGGAAUGAAUGGCGAGAUCAUUUUCUCUUUAAUCCUGCUACAGACAUUCAAGGAAUCAUCCGUUAUUGGAAACAUUCUACAGUAUUAGAUAUUGGAGAUAGUUUAACUAUUCCUGAUGAAUUCACUGAAGAAGAGAAGAAGACCGGCCAGUGGUGGAAACAGCUUUUGUCAGGUGGAGUUGCUGGUGCUGUAUCUCGAACAGGCACUGCACCCCUGGAUCGUCUCAAAGUUAUGAUGCAGGUUCAUGGUUCAAAGGGGAAAAUGAACAUAGUUGGUGGCUUGAAACAAAUGGUGAAAGAAGGAGGGAUCCGUUCCCUUUGGAGGGGAAAUGGUGUGAAUGUUGUCAAAAUCGCACCCGAAACAGCUAUCAAGUUCUGGGCCUAUGAACGGUAUAAGAAAAUGUUUGUUAACGAAGAAGGAAAAUUAGGAACUAUUGAACGAUUUAUAUCUGGUUCUAUGGCUGGAGCAACCGCACAGACUUCUAUUUAUCCCAUGGAGGUAUUAAAAACAAGACUGGCAGUGGGUAAAACAGGACAAUAUUCUGGGAUGUUUGACUGUGCUAAGAAGAUUUUAAAAGCGGAAGGGGUCAAAGCCUUUUACAAAGGUUAUAUCCCUAAUAUUUUGGGAAUAAUUCCAUAUGCUGGCAUCGAUCUGGCUAUUUAUGAGGCAUUGAAGAAGAUGUGGUUAGAAAAAUAUGCCACAGAUUCUGCCAACCCUGGUAUAUUAGUAUUGCUUGGAUGUGGUACUUUAUCCAGUACUUGUGGCCAGUUAGCCAGUUAUCCACUUGCCCUUAUCCGAACUCGAAUGCAAGCUCAAGCAAUGGUAGAAAAUGGCCCUCAGCUAAACAUGGUUGGCCUUUUCCAAAAAAUUAUUGCCAAAGAAGGACUCCUUGGACUAUACAGAGGCAUAGCCCCAAACUUCAUGAAGGUCCUUCCUGCUGUCAGCAUCAGUUACGUGGUAUAUGAAAAGAUGAAGGAAAACUUGGGAAUAGCAUAAAAGAAAGAGAUACAUAAGAGACUCUCAAGGAAUAUUAACUCAGAUGAAAUCCUCUUGGAGGCUAAAUUCAUGUUUACAGUUAGCUACUGUUCCUCUAUGCAAAAAUUCUGCAAAUCUUAACUUUAUGAAGUCUUGAUGGAGUAAAAAAGAAUUUAUUUUCUGAAAACAGCUAGGUAAUGAGAAAAUUGUCAAAUAUUUCAUUGCUCAUGUAGCUGCUUGUUGGAAAAGUUUGAGGAUGUCAUAAUUAUUUCCCCAGCUUAUAUAUUAUUGGGUUAAAGCUAUACAAGCACUCUGUUAUGACAAUUUGCAUUUGAUUAUCUAGUGGGCAAUUUAUGAGCAUUCUGAACAACCAAUAUUAUUUUACAGGCAUCUUUUGCAAUAUGGUAAUAAUUCUAUUCUUUUCUUGUUAAGCUUCUUUUAUAUAUAAAAAAAACACCCUCUGAAAAAUGAUUUAGAAAGUCAUAAAAUGUCGCAUUGAUACAUUUAUUUGUUCAAUUCCCCUUAUAACAAAUUAACUGAAAGACCUUGAAAUGAAAUGACUGUAUUUGCACAUUUAUUAGUCAUUUAUAUAGAACAUGCCUAGGUGGGAUCUGGUUUUCCAAACAUUAAAAAUCGAUGAGGAUAGGAACCAAUCUAGACACAUGUGGAACUGACAUAUUAAUCAAAGUGAAAGUUAUUGCUGUUUACAAAAGAUUAUAAUAAUUGAUACAGUUUGUGUGCCUAUUCAACAUCCUAUUCCUAAUUUAUAUGAAAGGAAAUAAUCAAGGCAUAUUUUUAACUUAACAAUUAUUCAUAUCUUUUAGACAAUUAUCUAAUUUGUUAAAAAGUUUCUUAAAUUCCUUCUUUUUGCAUCCUCCCAUCUUCCACAGUUGCUUAUCAAAUUCUAUGCUUUUCAAUGCUAAUGAGUUCCUUUGCUGGGCUUGCUUUCUCUUCCAAGAGAGAAAAUUCUUGUGGUUUUUUUUACUACCCAAAGGAAGGAAAAAAGAAUAUUCUUACGUUUUCCUUUUAACUUAAAUUCCUUUCUCUCACUGACACCUGAACCAUCUUUUCUUCUCUGCAAUGAUACUUAAUCCAGGUCUCCCUGUUACAUGGUUUUCUUUUCUAAUUCUGAUUUGAUUCCUUUUCAGACAGCCUCUCCUCCCAGAUGCUACUCUUGCAGUUCUCAAUUCAUGGCACAUGUUCCGUCCAUAGUUCUCUUCUACGUUGGAGCUUCGGAUCCAACUGUUCCUUUUUGGCCCUCUGCUUUUUCAUUCCUCUUCUCACCGUCAGCAUAUCCAGACCAUGAAAGAACUAGAUAUCCCAUUAUCCAUCUUCUCUAAGUUUGCCUUGUCUGCAAAAAAUAGAUGUGCGAGAUUGCAGGUGCUUCAAGGAAUUGUGGAUUUUUGUCAUAGCCGGUGUGCUUUAAGCCUUAUGUCUGAAUGUCAGGCCACAAAAUAAAAAUAUCCCUUUAACCUUAACAUUUGCAACACUGAGAAGAACGGCAGGUGUUUCUGUAUCAUGGCAAGCUCAUUCUUGCACACUUGGCUAAGUCCUGCUUGAAGCAGCUGGAAAUUUCACUUGCUGUUGUGGGACUUAACUAAUUUGACUGACUUUGGCAGGAAAUGUUCUGGGCAGAUUGCACCAGCCAUUCAUAAAUGUCAAUUACAAUCACAUCAAAUCUUAAAUGCCUCCAUGGGUUGCUUUCCAGGUAAUAUGUUGGUACAACAAAUUAAAGCUGUUCUUGUGAUUGGUUAAUAAAGAUAAGAAUCUGUUAGGAAAAUCUUAUUGCAUCUUUCACAUAUCAGCUGAAGAUAUUUUGAAAGUUUUACUUUAAACAUUUGUUUUAUAUGCUAUAUAUUUAUAUAUGCAAUUUAGAAAUGAAGUGAGAAUGGCAUAAUUUGUUUAAUUAAACAGAAGCCAUUAAUUUGUCUUAUGGCUUGCUUGGGUAUUUUAUUUUAUUUUUUUGCAGGUCAGAGCUGAUUUCCUUGAUGGAGAGCUUUUAUUUCUUUAAUUGCGCUGUAGAGAUUAUUUAUUGAUAGUUAGGCAGAUUCACAAAUCUUCUUAGCUCCCCAAAUCAAGAUAGAUAUCAAUAUACUGAAAUGUUCAGUUUAUUUUAUCAAACAACCAUAUCAAAUUAUAUCAACAUAAUAAAAUAAAAUAUAACGAACUGAAAUUGUAUGAACUAAAUAGUAAUAAAGAAUAUUGCCUUAAAGUUACUAAAUUUAGUAAAAUGAUUGUAAGUAACUGGAAAUCAAACCACAAGGUAACGAUAGGCAACCAAAAAUUGAAAAAUCAUGGCCAGUCUUUACUAAUAUCCACUCUCAAGUAUAUUUCACUUAUCUUUGAAAUGAAAGGCAGGAAUUGCUUGUGUGUUAAAUAAUUGUUUGUUUAUUUCAAUAAAGUAGGCUCACUUUAAUUACAGGUGUAACCACAUCAUAAAAGCUGAUUGUUUUCUUGGCAUUGCUUGUUUCUUUGAAAGCUGGCUGUUCUUUUUAACUGAUUAAAAUUUUCUUCAAGAGUGGCUCAGAGAACAGCUUGAAUAAAUGUUAUUCUUUGGAGUUUCUUACGCUACUACCUGGAAAUCUAUUACCCAGCUAUCUUGAAAAGAACUCCUAAAUAUGCAGAAUGUUCAUCUGGAAGAGUAUUGGGCAAUAUAACUUGUAUGCUGUGACAUGUGUAAUUGCUAUUAUAAAAAGAGGUAUGUGAUCAUGUCAACAGAUAUGCGGUAGCUGUUGGGUACAGAUGGAUGAUGAUUUGACUAUAUGUGGCCAUAAUUGUUUGGGAGAAUCUAAUGUAAAAUGUCCAAACAAUUCACUUUACAAAAGAGUAAAAUCAUAAUGCUUGUUUGCACUGCAAACAUUCAAACCAGUGCCUUCAGCAAAUACUCCUUAUUAAUCCUUUUAAACCAUCAUGGUUUUAAAAUAAGGAAUGGCCACCUCACAAUCCUCUAUUAAUGUUGUGGUGCUAAGAUAUAUGGCAGCGGUGCCUAAUGCAUCAUGUUCAACACUUUUGAAUGACAGCUUUUUCACACUGCCUCUUGUCAUAUAGAAAACCACACUUGAUCAAAGCCAGAGUUGUUCCAAAACAUGCAGUAUAUAAAGCAUCAUUAUUGUUGCAAAUUUUUUAUGUAGCUUUCUUAUGGUUUAUUUAGAAAAAUGUGUAUUUGAAAAAUAGAGUUGAAAAAUGAGAUAAGUAGUACAUGAACCAGAUUAACUUUGCUUUCUUGUAUAAGUGCUCUUAUUAGAGUAUUGAUUUGAGUGAUUUUGUUAAUUCUUGAGAGAUGUUGUAAGCUUGAGUAAGAUUCCUUUUAUCUUGUCCCUGAACAUGGUUAGGUUGUAAUUAUUGUAUGUUUCAUCUGUUCCUUGGUGAAAGAGAUGCUAAUACUUUAAAAACUGUUUAUAAUAAAUGGGUUUUAUAGCA